CUAGGAGCUGUUGUUUCAGUGCAGCGACUUCUGGAAUGAAUAAUACAUAAACUUUAAAAUGCUUAAUUAACAAUAUAAAAAUUAAACCUGCAGGAAAAUAUUGUUUGGAGUAUCUUUUCAAUAACUAUCCCUUUCCCCACCCCAGAUCUAAUAGCUUCUUGAAGACCAAGGGAUAAAAAAGAGGUCAGACUCAGGCUGGCCACAUCAGAACGGAACAGCAAACAAAGAUUGCACAACUUCUCACAACCAUUUGCAGAAAUCUCUUUUGAUAAUAAGAAGGGAAAGCUGAGCAUAUAUCAAUUGCAGUGGGAAUUUUUUAAUGCAUCUUGGAAUAAGGAUGGAGAGAGGCAGCAGCAUGUAUGGAAGCAGAAUUCCCUUGGUUCUCUUUUUAUGUCAAAUUAUUGGUGCAUUGGACGUACCACUUGAUUCAAAACUCCUUGAAGAAUUGCCACAGCCUCCAACAAUAACACAACAAUCUCCAAAAGACUAUAUCAUUGAUCCAAGGGAGAAUAUUGUAAUACAAUGUGAAGCAAAAGGAAAGCCACCACCUAGCUUCUCAUGGACACGUAAUGGAACUCACUUUGACAUAGAUAAAGACGCACGGGUAAGAAUGAAGCCACACUCAGGAACUCUUAUAAUAAAUAUUAUUAAUGAAGAAAAUGGAGGAAAGGCAGAAUCAUAUGAAGGAGUUUAUCAGUGCACGGCAAGAAAUGAGCUUGGAGCAGCAAUUUCCAAUAAUAUUGUUAUACGGUCAUCCAGAUCCCCUUUAUGGACUAAAGAAAAAUUAGUUCAAAAAACUCUAACUGAAGGUCAAUAUGCAAUACUUCCCUGCGGGCCACCAGUGGGAUUACCGCCACCUAUAAUAUUUUGGAUGGAUAACUCUUUUCAAAAGCUGCCUCAAAAUAAUAGAGUUUCCCAGGGUCUAAAUGGAGACCUUUAUUUUUCUAAUGUAAUACCAGAAGAUACCCGUCAAGAUUAUAUCUGUUAUGCAAGAUUUAACCACACUCAAACUAUACAGCAGAAGCAACCAAUUUCUUUAAAAGUUGAACCUGUGGAUUCAUUGAAUGAAACUAUAGCUGCUAAUAUGAGUGACUCUGAUUUUUAUGGUGCCAGGUUAUAUCCAGAAAGGCGCCCAAGUCUUUUAACACCUGCUGGCAGUACAAGUAGUAAAACAGAGCUAAGAGGAAACACCCUUAUGUUGGAGUGCAUCGCAGAAGGAUUACCUACGCCAAGUAUACGUUGGAUUAAAGAAGGUGGUGAGCUUCCGGUUAACAGAACUUUCUUUGAAAAUUUUCUUAAAACCCUCAAAAUCAUAGAUAUUUCUGAAGCUGAUACUGGAAAAUAUAAAUGUAUAGCAACAAAUUCUUUGGGUUCUGCUCACCACGUUAUUAUGGUCACUGUCAAAGCUGCACCUUACUGGAUAAGAGAACCUACAAACCUUGUAUUAUCUCCUGGAGAAGAUGGUUCCUUGAUCUGCAGAGCUAAUGGAAAACCCAAACCUAGCAUAAGCUGGUUAUCAAAUGGUGUUCCCAUUUCAAUUGCUCCUGAAGAUCCUAGCAGAAAAGUAGAUGGUGAUACAAUUAUUUUCACGGAUGUGCAAGAAAGGUCAAGCGCUGUUUACCAGUGUAAUGCUUCUAAUGAAUAUGGAUAUCUACUGGCAAAUGUAUUUGUAAAUGUUUUAGCUGAGCCUCCAAGAAUCCUCACUCCACCUAAUAAACUCUACCAGGUCAUUGCAAAGAAGCCUGCAUUGCUAGACUGUGUGUUUUUUGGUUCACCUGUGCCUGAAAUUGAAUGGUUUAAAGGAGUUAAAGGUAGUAUUCUCCAGGGAAAUCAGUAUGUUUUCCACAAGAAUGGAACCUUGGAAAUUCCUGUAGCCCAAGAGGAUAGCAGGGGCACAUACACCUGUAUAGCAAGAAAUAAACUAGGAAAGGUACAAAAUGAAGUUCAAUUAGAAAUCAAGGAGCCAACAAUUAUUAUUAAGCAGCCUGAAUAUAAAGUUGUACAACGGACUGGGCAGGUUUCCUUUGAAUGUACCAUUAAACAUGAUACUACCUUAAUACCCACAGUUACAUGGUUGAAGAACAAUGUUGAAUUGCCAAGUGAUGAAAGGUUUGUUUUUGGUAAAUCCAACUUGACUAUUAUGAAUGUCACUGAUAAAGAUGGUGGAGCAUAUACUUGCAUAGCUAAUACUACUCUGGACAGUGUUUCUGCAAGUGCAGUGCUCACGGUUGUUGCUCCUCCAACAGCUCCACCUGUUGUUUACGAUCGUCCUGAUCCACCUUUUGAUUUGGAACUGACAGAUCAUCUAGAAAGAAAUGUUCAGCUUACAUGGAUACCAGGCGAUGAAAACAAUAGCCCUAUUACAAAGUAUGUCAUUGAAUAUGAAGAUGCUAUGCGUGAACCAGGGAUAUGGAACUACCAGACAGAAGUACCUGGAAUCCUCACAACAGUGCAGUUAAAGCUGUCGCCAUAUGUCAAUUAUUCAUUCCGUGUAAUAGCUGUCAAUGAGAUUGGAAGGAGCCAACCAAGUGAAGCCUCUGAACAAUACUUUACAAAAGCUGCAAAGCCAGAUGACAAUCCUAGUGACAUUCAAGGGAUUGGAUCAGAACCUGAUAAUUUGGUGAUUGCAUGGAAGCCUUUAAAGCAUUUUCAGUCCAAUGGUCCAGGGCUUCGAUACAAAGUUAGUUGGCGGCAAAAGGAUGGUGAUGAUGAAUGGACAUCCGUUACAGUUGCAAAUGUAUCUAAAUAUAUUGUGUCUGGUACACCACCAUUUGCUCCAUAUGAGAUAAAAGUCCAGGCAUUAAAUGACUUAGGAUCAGCACCUGAACCUACACUGAUAAUUGGACAUUCUGGAGAGGAUUUACCAAUGGUUGCUCCAAGCAAUUUGCAGGUACAAGUUGUAAACAGCACAUUAGCAAAGGUGCAAUGGGAUCCAGUUCCACUAAAGUAUGUCCGAGGUCAUCUUCAGGGAUACAAAAUUUACUACUGGAAAGUGAAAAGUUUAUCUGGAAGAAUUAAGCGGCAUGUAGAAAAAAAGAGUUUGGUUUUCACUGGAAACAAGACACGUGGAAUGGUGCCAGGACUGGAGCCAUAUAGCUCUUACAAACUGAAUGUUAGAGUAUUUAAUGGGAAAGGAGAAGGACCACCAACCCCUGAUGAAACAUUUAAAACUCCGGAAGGAGUUCCCAGUGCACCCUCCUUUUUGAAGAUUACUAAUACAAAUCUGGACUCUCUCGCUUUGGAAUGGGGUCCGCCUUCUCAUCCAAAUGGUGUUCUGGUAGGAUAUACAUUGAAGUUUCAACCAAUUAAUAGCACACAUGAAUUAGGCCGCGUGGAAGAGAUCGAUAUUCCAGCCAAUGAGACCAACUUGAUAUUGAGAAACUUAAAUUACAGCACUCGAUACAAGUUUUACUUCUAUGCGCAAACAUCAGUUGGAUCUGGCAGUCAAAUAACAGAGGAGGCAGUAACAAUUAUGGAUGAAGGUAAGAUGGGAUUAGAGAACCAUUUUGAAACCUCCCCUGUCAUGCAUACUGUACCUCCAACAUUUUAUAAGGUGCAACCAGUAUAUCCAAGGAUCAAAAAUGUUACGGCAGCUGCUGCUGAGACCUAUGCCAAUAUCAGUUGGGAGUAUGAGGGUCCAGUUCAUGAAAACAUUUAUGUUGAAUAUGGUGUGGCAGGCAGCAAAGAAGAAUUGAAAAAAGAAAAUAUUAAUGGUUCCCGGAGCUUCUUUGUGUUAAAAGGAUUAACACCAGGAACAUCUUAUAAAGUCCGGGUUGGUGCUGAGGGUCUUUCUGAUUUUAAGAGUUCAGAUGCUGUGUUUGAGACAGGCCCAGCAAAGGCAAGUCGGCAGGUUGACAUUGCUACUCAAGGAUGGUUCAUUGGUCUUAUGUGUGCAGUUGCUCUUCUCAUCUUGAUUUUGCUGAUUGUUUGUUUCAUACGGAGAAAUAAAGGUGGAAAAUACCCAGUGAAAGAGAAGGAGGAUGCACAUGGUGAUCCAGAAAUACAGCCUAUGAAGGAAGAUGACGGAACUCUUGGUGAAUACAGUGAUGCCGAUGACCACAAGCCUCUUAAAAAAGGAAGCAGGACACCUUCAGACAGGACUGUGAAAAAGGAGGACAGCGAUGAUAGUUUAGUUGACUAUGGAGAAGGGGUCAAUGGUCAGUUCAAUGAGGAUGGCUCCUUUAUUGGACAAUACAGUGGUAAAAAAGAGAAAGAACCUGCAGAAGGAAAUGAAAGUUCUGAGGCUCCUUCCCCAGUUAAUGCAAUGAAUUCAUUUGUCUAGUUAACGAAACUCUGCCCCAUUCCAACAACAUUUCCAAUUUUUUAAGCACUUGUACAUCUUCCCCCAUAUUAUGGACAUGAAGGAAACCAAUGUUCUACCCAGCAAAGUGUUUAUGCUAUAAGUACAUAUAGGUGAAACCGUUACUCUAUAUAACAAGUAAGUAUGAAUCAGAAUGCAAAACUGGAAACAUUUUGCACAGAACCUGCUUUUUU